AUGAAUAGUGAGCGUUUGUGGUGGGCUAUUAGUUAUUUAACAGUGAUAAUAAUUUUUCUACUUCCUUCGACUGAGUCACGUAUUUUAUCUAAAAUUAUUGGUGACACAACUUCGAUUGCUGACAAUGUUCAACAAAAAUUGACCACAUUUCAAGAUACUAUAACGACUACUCUAUCGAAUGGAAUCUUUCCAUCGCUAGUAACAAAACCGAACUCCUAUUUAUACGAUUCUGAUGAAGAUGACGAAAUCAUAUUAGAUCGAGUUAAACGAGACCCUGCUCCAUUCGUUUGUAAAGGGGAUGGCUACUAUCCUGAUCGACAGAAUUGUCGAGUAUAUCACAUCUGUACAUCUGGUGUCGAUACACCAUCAGUUUGUGGUGAAGGCACUGUCUGGGAUCCAGUGAAGAAGAAUUGUAAUUGGGAAAAUACCGUUCAAUGCAAAAAGGGACUCCGUCGAUGGGAUCAAAUUACAGACGCUGGAGGAGGUGAACAUGGAUGUAAUUUAGUUUCGGUGAAUUCAAUCAUUUUCACUUGUAAUUUAGUGACUCUGUUUGCUACUGAUCCAGCAAUAAUUUGGCGAUCAAAAAAAUCAACAACAGUUCCUGCACAAAUCAAAGUAGAUUCAAACUUUUCAUGCGAAUACGACGCCGAAGGACUCUUUCCCGGUACUGUUCUCUUUCGUAUAACGAUUUUUAAUGAUAGACUUCAUUGUUUAGACCCAAAAUACUGUCAUAUCUAUCAUCUGUGUGGCAUUGGCUUUCACAUAGUUCAAGAAUGUAACGCCAAUCUUUGGUUUUCCAACAAAACACAAGGUUGCGACUACCCACACAAUUCUGAUUGUGCUGCUGGUUAUUUGUACACAUCAUCAACAGGAGCAACGAAUGUGGUUGACGAAAAUGGAAACAUCAUCGUAACACAACGUUAUCCAAGACCGAACAAUGCCUAUCUACCUAUUGUCUGUCCACGCGACAAACAAGUUGAAUUGCCGGAUCCUUACGAUUGUUCAGCAUAUCACUAUUGCAACGGCGGUGUUGACACACCAAGAUAUUGUGAUCCUGGGCUAUUUUGGCAUAAAAAACAUGGCUGUCAAUGGCCUAAGGACGUUCUAGACUGUACACCUAAAUGCCCAGCAAACGGUCAGAGAAUACGUUUAGUAGCCCCGCAUAGUUGUUGUCACUAUUACGAGUGUAUCAAUGGUCAUUUGAAAGAACAAGUGUGUCCAUUACACAAACUUUACGCUGUCGAAACGAAAACGUGUGAAAACUUCCAAGUUGUAAAUUGCGGAUCGCGGAAAAAUUGUAUUGAUCUUUGUGACUAUGACUAUUCACCUUCCUGUGAGUUUGUACCCGUUUGUCGAGACAAACCAAAUGGCAAUUAUGUCGAUCAAUAUCGACCCAAUUGCCAGUUUCACUAUACAUGUCUCGAAAGUCGAACAUUCAAUUAUAAGCCUUGUGACCAGGGUCAUAGUUUUUCCGUUCAGCAUCAACGAUGCCUACCAGCAGAACAGGUUAAAUGCUCAGGAACUAUCCUGAAUAGUUUCUUUUCGCUUACCUUCUAUGUCGUCUUCUCGAUUUUAAUGAAGUUUCUUAGAUAA